ACCUUUUAUUAUAAAUCUAUAAUGUGGUGGCAUUAUCCUAAAGUGGGUGUAACGAGUAUAUAAAACUAGUUGAAUGCAUCAGUCUAUUUCAAUAUCACUACAGCCAGCGCGUGGAGAAUUUUAACCAACCGCUUUUAUCUGACGAAAUAACUUGGAUACGUACAGUAGCUUGCAAUCAUUUAAAAACUUUCUACGAAACAAAUCGCGCUUUUUAGAAUUCACUUUCAUUAGGUAACAUAAAUACAGAUGGGAUUUUAGUAAAUAAGUACUUAGGAAACUAUAAUAUAAAUUCUGUCUAAAAAGGGCAAGUUUGUAAUAAAAUUAAGUAUUGAAUGCGCAUUUACAAUAAUUUUAGGCUUCUUUGAUAAUAAAGUAAAUUUAGCAUAUUAAACAGUAUUUUGGAAUCGUUUUGAGAAGAAUUUUUGCGACAGUGAAAGAACAUUUCCAAGUCGUUAAACGUAAGGAGCGGGAUUACCAAAAAGCGAUCCGGGAUAACACUUGCACUUGGAGGAACACCGUCGGAACGCAGGAAAAACACAAGCAGACGACAAAAUGUCUUUUUUACUACGAUCACUUUGCGUUUCUUUCAUCGUCCUAUUAGUGCUCAAUUAUUCACAGGGUUUUUCAUUAGGAUAUGGCGCGGAGUCUGAUGAACCGGGGACCGAAUGGGAAGAUUCACCUGACGAAGAUAAAAGAGCGUUGUCGGAUUUUUAUCAAGCGCUUUAUCCACUACAUAAAAGACGACGACCUUCAUUUAAUCAGAGAAAUUUUGCCGCACCAAGAGGAAAACGCCAGGAUAUUAUGUCAACUACAACCGAAGAUGAAUACAUAUUCAGAGCUCCGAGACCCGGGAAAAGAUUCGUCUCUGCAGCCUGGUAGAUCUUUGUCCAUAGACGAGCAUCUGGUUCCAGGAGAGGACAUCCUGUCAAUAAAUGGAGGAACAAGUCAAGAUUCAACACAUAUUCGUCCGAAAAGAACCGGUGACCAGGGAUUUUUAAGAAUAGGAAGAUCACCAUUUCUUAGAAUCGGUAGGUCACCAUUUCUAAGAAUCGGCAGGUCACCAUUUCUGAGAAUCGGCAGGUCACCAUUUCUUAGAAUCGGGAGGUCCCCAUUCCUCAGAAUUGGAAGGUCCCAAUACCAGCGUACCAGUAGGUCACCGUUUCUACGUAUAGGAAGAUCACCUUUUAUACGAUUGUUCCAUAGUCCAAAGAACAUGUUCGAUAAGAGAGCAGAUGCUCAGAUAAUCCUACCUGACCAAUAUCCUGAGGAGGAUUCAGAAUAUAAGAGAAGUUUCCUCCGAAUUGGGCGAGCAAGCAAGGGAGGUUUCCUUCGAAUUGGAAGAUCAAAUAACAAUAAAAAGCCGAGUUUUCUGAGAUUUGGUCGAGCAGAUAAGCGGGCCUUUCUUAGAAUCGGAAGACCUGAUGAGUCAUUUCUAAGAAUUGGGAGAUCAAAUGAAAUGACAGACGAAGAUGCAUUUGAAGAAACUGGAAAUCAAAAUAUUGAUGAAACAGUGCUUGAUGACGUAACUGAUGCAAGCUCUAGCAUGGACAAACGAGGCCUCCGAAUCGGUAAACGUGUGCUAGGUGCCAUUAACAAGGAAGAAUCGAAUGGACUUACAACCGAAGAACUACAAUUGUUAAUGGCAAAUAAGGAACUGCUAUUGCAGUAUAUGGAAGCACACCCGGAACUGUUCGAUGGAAGUCAAAAUGAAGAUGACGACGCAUAUUUUGCCUUUCCAAGACAAGGAAGAGCAAUGAGUUUCUAUUUUCCACGAAUGGGACGCUCAGGUGAAGACAGUGCCGACUCCACAUACUGUUGCGCAGAAGGUGUGCGCAAAGUAUUUACAGUAGGAAAAGGGUCCAUAGAUAUCUGUUCGAACGAAAAGUCCUGUUGUUCAGGCUUAAGUGAGCAAACAAAAGUAUACAAAGACAUUGUUAUAACCGAAUGUGCCGAGGAAAGUGGCUUAGACAAAAUAAGAGCAUACAUCGGUGACGAAUAGAAAGGCAGCGUCUUCAAGAUGUUGACGUCAUAACGAGAACUUAUGACGUAAUAAUGACAUCAGAAAUUAACUAUUUUAAUAAAAUUUGAAAUCAGUUUGACACUAUGCAUGGCUCAUAAGUUAAAAUCAUAUCAUCAGAUACACAGUGAAUUUAUUAAAGUAACAAUUAUAAAUCAAUAGAACAGUGUAUUAAUUUUCUGGAAUAUUGUUCAAUGAAAUAUAUUAAAAUUUCCGUGCAUAUGUUAGAAUGGCGACAGACUAUACUAUUUCUAUCAUAAUAACAUUUUAAGAAAACUUAUCUCUAAAAUAAAUAAUAAAAAAACUUUGUCAGUUGCUUAAAAAAAGGGUUGAGUUGCUUUUUGAUAAAGAUUUUUUUUUGUUAUUUUGUUCAAGCGUUUGUUGGAAUAUGAUUAUGGUAUACCCGCCAAGAAUAUUAUAUAGAAGUGUGUUAUUUAACAAUGUUUGUGUGCUUCAUGUCGUACACUGUCGUUUCUAAAGUAACUGUAAACAAAUUCUGUCAUUGCUUAUAAAGACAAUUAAAAAACAAAUUUCGUUUUACAACUGUGUUUUCAAAAGACUUCAUAUUUAUUAUAUUUCUUGAUGUGUUAAACUAAAUAAAAAUAGAGAACGAA